AUGGCGAAUCAUCCUCUCCCUCUUGUUCUUGUGGCCUCUGUCUUCAUCGCUGCUUUCGCCCUCGCUUCCAAUUCCACCACAGAUAUAGACAUUGCCAGGCCUUCGUGCUCUGACGCCUACAAAAUUACUAGCGCCCAAAUGGGAAGAAAUCUCCUCACGGUGCUCGCCACUCUCCAAGAUCAAGGGCCUGCAGCUGGAGGAUAUAAAUCCACGAGCUUCGGCAGUAUGAGCGACACCGUCUACGGUUUCAUCCAAUGCCGCGGCGACAUCUCUGCCCAGGAAUGCUCCUCGUGCGCGCGAUCGGCCGUCCAGAUCCUCAAUUCCACCUGCGUGAGAAACUCCACCAAAGGAGGAAGGAUCCACCCCGGCAAUUGUUUCCUGCGCUACGAGGACCACUUCUUCUCCUCCAUUCUCGACAAGGACACCAACCAAGGCAAUUGCUCAACAUCGAUCCCUGCCUCUUCCUUGGCCAUUUUCCAAUCCAAUUCUAGGACCGCACUAGAGUUUCUUAAAGCUAAGGUUCCUCGAAACGCAAGGAAAUUCGUGGCGGCAGUGGCGGGGAUUGGAUCGGCGGUGCCUGCGUACGCUCUCGGUCAGUGCAUUCCGGAUUUAAGCGCUGCUGAUUGUGCCUCUUGCCUCGCCGCCGCGGAGAAUGCGAUUGCCAGCACUUGCCGCGGCGGCGGCGGAGGGGUUUGCUACUAUUCUAGCUGCACGCUCUUCUUCCAGAGAUCGAAAUUCUUCCAGGGCAUUCCCGAAAAUGCCACUGUCCUAGGAAAUGGGACUCUCCCAUCCAAUUCCAAAGCGAAGAAAACUUUGCUACUGGCAAUUGCGAUUCCAAUCGCUGGUGUGUUGGCAUUGCUUCUCCUGGUGAUCGGAUUUUUUAUAUCCAAAAGAAGCAAAAACGUUUCAAAGCCUCCUGAGGAAUUGGAUGAACUCCAAGUCACAUUGCAUCGAGGCCCUGUCACUUUCUCGUACGAUUUGCUGAGACGUGCUACUGAGGGUUUCAGUGACGACCACAAGCUUGGAGAGGGUGGGUUCGGUGCUGUUUAUAAGGGAACUUUUAGUGAUGGGACCGAGAUCGCUAUCAAAAAGCUCUCGGUGGCCUCCAAGCAAUGGGAGCAGCAGUUUCUCAACGAAGUUAAAGUUAUUGGCAGUGUACAGCACCGGAAUCUCGUCAGGCUCUUAGGGUGCUGUGUCGAAGGCAGUGAAAGGCUCCUGGUUUACGAGUUUCUCAAGAACAACAGCCUUGAAAAGGCUUUGCUUGAUGAUUUGAUCAGUGCGGAAGAAACCCCUCGAUUGGGAUGGAAUACCCGGUACAAUAUACUGCUUGGAACAGCUCGGGGCCUCACGUACCUUCACGAGGAUUCACAAAUUCGCAUCGUUCAUCGGGACAUAAAGCCCAGCAACAUUCUUCUGGACGAAACAUUCGAAGCCAAGAUAUCAGACUUUGGGCUGGCAAGGCUGUAUGGAGAGGACGAAGCGACAGAGAUCAUCACCACAAAAGUCGCAGGAACCUAUGGAUACAUGGCUCCAGAGUAUGCCUUUCAUGGGCACUUGAGCGAAAAGGCUGAUGUUUUCAGCUUUGGUGUCGUUGUGCUCGAGACUCUAGCCGGGAGAAAGAACAAGGACGCGAGUCUACCGGAACCGGAGCAAUAUCUUCUGGAAUGGGCUUGGCAGCUCCACUCCAAUAGACUUCUGCCAAAUCUUCUACACCGCAAGCUCGUAAGCUCUAGCAAUAACGAGCAAGAGAAAACGCUAGUCCAAGCAAUCCACAUCGCCCUCAUGUGUACUCAAGCAUCCCCGCAGGACAGGCCUUCCAUGUCUCACGUCGUAGCGAUGCUCUCCGGCCAUUCCAACGUCAAUGUCCCGCUCUCUGCCACUUUCGACAUCCGAGCUAUGAACCCAAGGUUCUACUCGUCAUCGUCAAACUCCGCCGCCAGCGAUCCCAAGAACAAGAGACAAGAAAAAUCCCAGACGUUCACUGAUCCGGAGCCUCGAUAGAGAAGAUUCAUCCCGAAUAUUCGAAAUU